CACACUGAAGCUUCCAAGCUGAAGAUGCAGGAAAAGCUUGCAACAAAUUGUCGGCACACACUUCCGUUUUGAAUGUUAUUAUUGGGGCGCUAGCGCCUUUAAUGUUAGUAAACAAACCGACGGGUGUCUAUUAGAAAGAACGUAAUUCGUCAUAUAGAAGUGUUAUUUUAUUUGUGAUGGAAGUACAAGAGUUUUGCGAAAACCUGGAGGAGAUCGAAGAUGAAACUUUCGACGACGAAAAGUCAGCUAGAACAUCAGAUGAAAAUCGAAAGCAGAAUCACAGUGAGAUCGAGAAGCGACGGCGGGACAAGAUGAACACAUACAUCAAUGAGCUAUCCUCAAUGAUCCCGAUGUGCUUCGCGAUGCAGAGGAAGUUGGACAAACUGACAGUACUUCGGAUGGCAGUGCAGCAUUUGCGAGGGAUCCGUGGCAGCGGCAGUUUGCAUCCUUUUAACGGUUCCGAUUAUCGACCGAGCUUCCUCUCUGAUCAGGAGCUCAAGAUGAUCAUUCUGCAGGCCUCGGAGGGAUUUCUGUUCGUUGUGGGUUGUGACCGGGGACGCAUUCUAUACGUCUCCGAUUCAGUGUCUAGUGUGCUUAACAGCACCCAGUCAGAUCUGCUGGGUCAGAGCUGGUUUGACAUCCUACACCCAAAGGAUAUUGGCAAGGUCAAAGAGCAACUUUCGUCACUGGAACAGUGUCCCAGGGAAAGACUCAUCGAUGCGAAAACCAUGUUGCCCGUGAAGACCGACGUUCCGCAAAGCUUGUGCCGCCUGUGUCCAGGCGCCCGGCGCUCCUUUUUCUGCCGCAUGAAGCUCCGCGCCGCCAAUAACAAUCAGAUCAAGGAGGAGUCCGACACGUCAUCUAGCUCCCGUAGCUCCACAAAACGCAAGUCAAGGCUGGGUACGGGACACAGGUACCAGGUAAUCCAGUGCACAGGUUAUCUGAAAUCUUGGACUCCCAUCAAGGACGAGGAUCAGGAUGGCGACAGCGACGAACAAACAACGAAUCUAUCCUGCCUAGUGGCAAUAGGCCGUAUACCGCCCAACGUUCGUAACUCUACAGUACCUACCUCGCUGGACAAUCACCCGAACAUUCGGCACGUGCUCUUCAUCUCGCGGCACUCCGGCGAGGGAAAGUUUCUGUUCAUCGAUCAACGCGCCACCCUUGUGAUCGGUUUUCUCCCUCAGGAAAUCCUGGGCACUAGCUUCUACGAGUAUUUUCACAACGAAGACAUCGCCGCCCUGAUGGAGUCUCAUAAAAUGGUAAUGCAGAUGCCCGAUAAGGUCACCACGCAAGUAUACCGCUUUCGGUGCAAGGACAAUAGCUACAUUCAGUUACAAAGCGAAUGGCGUGCAUUUAAGAAUCCCUGGACGAGCGAGAUUGAUUAUAUAAUUGCUAAAAACUCGGUCUUCUUAUAAGACAUACGAUCGUUCCUUAUGGGAGCUAUUGUUUUAUUUAUUCUUUUACAAUCCAAAAUUUGUAUACAUUCCAAAGAUCAUCUACCGUAUCAAGUUGCUGGCGCCGGCGGUUGAAAUUUCAUAUUCGAUGUAUAAACACUAGUUUAAGAUAAGAUUAUAAUUUUUGUACUGCAUCAAUAAAAUUAACAGACAACUUUAAAAAGAUGA